GCAGUAAAGCAAGCAUCCAGUUGCUCGAUAUCACACAUUCCUUUCGAAAACUCAACUCCGCAGAAAGUCUGUAAAUUCAACAUGGCAAAACUGACCUCUGGCUUUGAAAUUUUUGGGUUGGUUCUAUUUUUUGGAAUGGUCAUUUUUGUCUUUGGCCAUCAGUGUAAUCCACUCCCUAAAACCAUGUACGCAGCGGAAAAUCGCACACUGCAAGGGUAUACGUUUGCACGUAGACCUGUACGCUCCCGUGUCAUCUGUGGGCGUGACUGCAGCAUAGAUAAGAGAUGCAAGUCUUUUAACUUCAACGACUGCAGCAAAAUCUGCGAGUUGAACCUUGCUACAAGACAAGAGCAUCCCAAAGUCUUCAAUGCAACCCUGGGGAGUGUGUACUUUGAUGGAGAUGAGGACACGCUUCUCUACUCGCUCGCUGACAAGGCUUACGCCUGUGCAGGUCUUACUCUCGUCGAGAGGUGUGAGUGGGGCGCAAGAAAACCCAGGUUUCCAAAGGCCAUGCCGGACACGCCCGACCACUGUAUUGUGCAUCACACCGCAGGGCACAGCACAGGCAGCGGGCAGUGUUACGCCCAAGACACCUGCUCAGCAAUGAUGAGGAGCUUUCAGAACUAUGACGUUGAUACCAACGGUUGGAAUGACAUCGGCUACAACUUUGUGAUUGGUGGGGAUGAGAGGGUGUACGUGGGGCGUGGCUGGAACGUCAUAGGGGCUCACGCUGGCCCCUCUUACAAUCACCGCGCCAUAGGCAUUGCCGUUAUUGGGAACUACAAAAAUGUCCUGCCAAACAGCACGGUCCUGGACGUUCUUCAGCGACUGAUGGCGUGCGGCGUGGAAUCUGGGAACCUGUCUCCUUCUUACUUCUUAAGGGGACACCGUGACGUACGGAACACAACCUGCCCCGGAGAUUUGCUCCAUGCCAAGAUCAAAACCUGGUCUCACUAUUAAAACAUCAGUUAGUCUGUGCCGAAGACACAAAGUAUAAUCAAUAAUUUGAAAACAGUUGUUGCAAUAACAACUAACAACUUUUCUUUCAGCUUUUAAAAUCUUAGAUGGUUUCAAUCCUAUAUUUAAUAUAUCAGAGACUCUUAUCUAACAUCACUUUCCCAAGAUUUGUAUAACUGUUGGAUUUAUUUAUAAGCCUAUAUCUUGACAUUGUUGGUAGCAUAAUUUGCCCGGGACACUGUCUGGACAGGGCGUUCCACUCUGUGACAAGACCUUGCCCCACUGUCCAGUUGAUGACAGAGUGUAUGAUAUUAGUGAAUUAGUGAUCUGUUGAGAAUUUCACCUAUUUUUGGUACAUAAUGUUCAAAUCUACGUCAUUAUUGUAGACAGAAUAA